AUGAUCAAAAUUCUAUGGGUGAUCUUUGUCGUGGCUGUUUUUGGGUAAACUUCCUCUUCUUCAAGAAAUGUUGAAGGAAAAUUUUAUAAAAAUUUCAGGAGAGAUGUCCCAAUGAAUGGACCAUUCGGUGCAAUGAGAAAACCACCACUACCAAUAUUUUUAUUAAAUGUUCCGGAGGAUGUCAAAAAUGAAUAUUACGAUCUUUUAGGCAAUUCGCAAUUGACAAUUGCUGAAUUGAAAAAUGGAAUUGAACAUCUUGCAGCGGAAAAUAAUGUUUUGGUAAGGAUUUUCUGGAUUUUUAACAAGGUUUUUGUGAUCGCCUGGUUUAUAGUAUCAUUUUUUCUGAAAUCCUUUGGCUUCGAAUAUCAAGAAGUUUUCCAGAUUUUUUUCACGCGCAAAUCCUUUUGUUCAAAAAUGCUUUCUAAAAAUUUUAUUUUCAAAAAGCAAAUUUAUUUCUAAAAAAAUAACAUCCAGAAAGUAAGCCAGGAAUCAAGUUUAUCUUUAAAGUUAGAGGAUAUCCCAAAAGUUACCCUAACUACAAAAAAAUCAAAUUGUUUGUAUUCCCUGACCUCUUCAACCUGAAACCUUAUAUUUUUCAGGAUGAAUAUUAUGCCCACGAGGAUCAAGAUUCUUACACAAAACAUUGGUUGAGUACCCAACUCGAUGAAAUCCUCAAAAAAUUGCCCGAAACCAAAUCCGAAAUCGACAAAGUUAUGAAUGAUAACCAGCUGACAACAGUGUUACAAAACAAAAAGAUGUUUGAUCUGAACAGGAAAUAUCCAACUGUACUAUUUAUCUUUUUCUUUCUUUGAUAUUUAUUACAAUCCUUGUCGAUUUUUCAGGAAAUCGCUAUAAUCAACUACAUUGUGAAUCAAGUUCUGGUCACUGCCACAACACGUCAAGGUCAAAUUACAACAGCCAACAAAAUUUUAGGAGGAUCGAAACCUUUUGGGGAUUUUGAUAAAGCUGGAGAGAAUCGUGAUAAGGUUCCUAAAUAA